CGGAGCCCACAGACCACAGUCACCGAGCGCCAAGAAGAACGCUCUGCCCGGCCCGCCGUGGCGAGUCCAUCCAACGGCCCCGAGAAGCUGAACUGACCGGCCACCGCCCAGGGUCAGCUCGGUCAUUCCGCCGCCGCUGUCGUGGUCGUGGUUCCGCGCCAACUCAACUCCACGGCCGCGGCGCUAGCAUCCACUCACCAUCGUCACUCGCCGCCGCUGGCACCACCCUCCACGCCCCGUCCGCACUUUUUAAAACUACGACCCAGCUGCCGAAUCAACCGCCUCCCCCGGCGAGCGCCUCCUUCCUCUCUCCCAUGGGCCCCCGCGCCCGAGCCGGGACCGCUUCGCCCACCGGCCGGUGCGCGCGCCAUAGAUAGAUUCCACAAGCUUCGCGACCAGAUCCGAUGCUGGAGGCCACCGCCGCCGCCUCCUCCCCCCGCGCCGCGGCCGCGGCAGUCGCCGCCGGGGCGGCCGCCGCCGCGGUCGUUUCCUCCCCGCGGCGGGGUGGAGGCUCCGCGCACAACCACCGGCGGUGGGCCCCGGCCCCGUUCAGGGCUUGCCUGCUCGCGCUCUGGUUGCUGGGCUUCGCGCUCGUCUUCCUGUGGCAGAGCACCUCCGUGGGCCGCGUGCGGCUCUACACGCGCCCGCCGAUGCCGAAGCGCGCCGUGGCGUCGUUGGGGCACUGGGCGGCCUCCCCGCCCGUCUACGAUCUGAGGGAGUUCGGGGCGGUCGGGGACGGGCGGACGGUUAACACGGCCGCGUUCGAGUCUGCCAUCGCGGCGAUCGCCGAGAGGGGCGGGGGCAGGCUCACCGUGCCAGCCGGGCGGUGGCUCACCGCGCCGUUCAACCUCACCAGCCACAUGACUCUCUUCCUCGCUGCUGGCGCUGAGAUCCUAGGGAUUCAGGAUGAAAGAUAUUGGCCCUUGAUGUCUCCAUUACCAUCAUACGGCUAUGGAAGAGAGCACAAGGGACCUCGAUAUGGGAGCCUUAUACACGGCCAAGACCUGAAGCAUGUGACUAUAACAGGUCAUAAUGGUACUAUAAAUGGACAAGGUCAAAGUUGGUGGGUAAAAUUUCGGAGAAAGCUCCUUAAUCACACAAGGGGUCCUCUGGUGCAGCUCAUGCGGUCAAGUAACAUUAUCAUUUCUAAUAUCACUCUUCGUGAUUCUCCCUUCUGGACUCUUCACACGUACGACUGCAAGAAUGUUACUAUCUCAGAAACCACCAUCUUGGCUCCAAUUGCUGGAGCUCCAAAUACUGAUGGGAUAGAUCCAGAUUCUUGUGAAAAUGUGGUGAUAAAAAACUGCUACAUUUCUGUUGGUGAUGAUGGGAUAGCCAUAAAGAGUGGUUGGGACCAAUAUGGAAUUGCUUAUGGCCGUCCAUCAGCUAAUAUUACUAUCCAGAAUGUCGUAAUCCGCUCUAUGGUCAGUGCUGGAGUAUCGAUUGGAAGCGAGAUGUCUGGUGGUGUCUCGGAUGUUUUGGUAGAGAAUGUUCAUGUCUGGGAUUCACGGCGAGGCGUGAGGAUAAAGACUGCACCUGGAAGAGGGGCCUAUGUAACCAAUGUCAUUUACCAGAACAUAACCUUUGAAAACGUACGUGUCGGUAUAGUGAUAAAGACAGACUACAACGAGCACCCAGACGAAGGCUUCGACCCAAAGGCCGUCCCCACCAUCGGGAAUAUCUCUUACACCUCAAUCCAUGGGCAUCGUGUGCGAGUACCGGUCAGGAUACAGGGAAGCGCGCAGAUCCCUGUGAAGAAUGUUACCUUCCAUGACAUGUCAAUCGGUAUAGUAGACAAGAAGCACCAUGUUUUCCAGUGCUCCUUCGUCCAGGGGCAGGUCAUUGGCUACGUUUUCCCUGUGCCUUGCAAGAACCUGGACCUGUACGACGAGCGGCGUGGGCUGGUUAAACAAUCAACGUUACAGAAUAUCUCUGAUAUCGACUACAGUUUCUGACAAUGGCAUUUGAUACCACUGUACUAUUGCUGUAGGUGUAUUCAGUAUUCACAGCCGUCACAGUCCUUUCCACACAUUUAGAAGCAAAAUUUUGGGUAGCUUUUACACUCUUCACCUCACAGUCAGGCAUGUAUCUAAGGAAGAUCGACUUGACCAUACUGUCUCGUAGAGGGACGCCAGGAAUGUUGCCUUUUCACUUUUUUGAUCACUGUAUGAUUACACUUACUUGGUUACACAGUCGACAGUACACUUUUGAUAGUGCUUACUGUUCAUGGCAGACUACAUUUACCUUGCCCUUUUUAAAACAGAUGUGGAUGUAUAUGUAUUUGGUAGUUUGAACCUGGAAUGGUUGGUUCUUC